AUGGCCCUACUACUUGGCUCCUACUGCAUCAAAUCCAUCCACACCGCUCGUCGCGAGGCACAAUCCACGUCAAGCACCACAACCACUACGCCCCGACCCAGAAAGGCAGAGUCGCAGUCUUCAUGGGUACAGCAGGCACUUGAAGAGAGUCGAGAGGGGGAAAAGAAGGGAUCUCAGUGA